UUACGCUGUAGUACUUUUAGCUAUUUUAAUAAUAUGGAGGUCAGAUACUUAAAAAAUGUUUUAUAGUGCUGUAAUUAAAUUAAAAUAGUAAUGUUUAGUUUCUUGAAUUGUUUUGUCUUUAACUAGUGUAUAUUAUUGUUUUGUCAUGCAAAUAAAAGUAAGCAAGUGAAUUAUUCAAAUGAUAAAUGCACCAUAAAUUAUUGUAGUCUUUCUGAUAAGAUAAAAAUAAGUGUACAACUCGAGUACAGUUUUAUAAUUUUGAUUUAGUUGUUAUUAUUAAGAAUGGUCCUAGAGGUGGAUAAAAUUGUUAAAAUUUAUAAAUCCCUUGCUCAAAUCCCAGCUCUAGUAGGUGCGCGAUUUGAUUUAAAGGGAUUAGUAAUAAAUUCAUGGUGGAGCCAGCGUAACUUGGAUACAGGGAAAACUAAUAAAUUCCUUAUUACCCAUUUGGUUACACAAAGAAUUAAAUCUAUUGGAAAAACAAAUGGUAUUGAUGUCUCACAGGAGCUAUUAUCACGGACAUCUCCUUCGGAAAACUAUCGGGCAGUUAUUAGAGAAAUUGAAGGAAAAGACAGUCGUAAACAACUGUUAGAAAUUUGGUCUCAUCAGAAUUUGCAUCAUGCUGUAGAUCUUUCUGCACUAGAAUUACAUGGAGAUGUUUAUGCCGAUGGAGAAUUAGGAAGUUUAGAAUGGGCUCCUGAUGAAUCUAAAAUUGUAUAUAUUGCUGAAAAAAAGUAUCCUAAAACUGAGUCUUUUUAUAAACGAAAACUGCCCAAAAAAGAGAAUAAUGAUGAAAGCAGUAGCACACCCAUUAAGGGCGAAGAAUAUGUCUUUCGUCAAGAUUGGGGUGAACAAUUGAUAGGAAAAAAACAAUCUGUAAUUGUUAUGUUUGACUUACAUACUGAAGAUAUUAAGAUAUUAGAAGGUAUACCAGAAACAGUAUGUCCAGGACAGGUCACUUUUACACCAGAUGGCAAUUCUAUAGUAGGAAUUGCAUUGCUUACAGAACCUCGUAAGUUAGGUCUGCUUUGGUGCACUAACAGACCUAGUUUUAUAUUUCAGCUGGAUUUUAAUGGAAACUAUGUGACUUUAUCUGAAGAGGAUAAAAGUGUAAAAUCACCGCGAUUUACUCCUGAUGAUAAAACUCUCGUUUGGUUGCAACGUAAUGCCGGAGGACCCCAUCAUUCAACUAUGGCCCUUGUUAGCAAGCAAUUCCCGUUCAAUGCUUCGGAAAAGCCAAAAGUUAUCGUCGACGUGGUCAAAACAGAAAUUACCAUAAAUAAUAAUGAUACGUUUUAUGGGCUUUACAACGUAUCGUUCCCGCAUAGGUGCUGGGCAUCCGAAAGACGUUUGCUUCUUUCUACUGAUCAAAGGAACACUACUAAGUCAUAUACAAUUGAUAUAGACUCUGGUAGUAUCACAGAAUUAAAAUAUGAAGAAGGAAGUUUAAUUAUUUUAGACGUUUAUGAUAAUUUGGUUCUUUGCAACCACAGAAAUUUCUUGUGUUCUGAUAAACUUUUGGCUGCUCAAAUACCUCAUAAAAACGACGAAAAAACGAUAAUUUUCAAUAUGAUAUCAAAACCUAUUCACCUAUCCCAAGAUCAAUUCAAAUUUACUUAUUUGGAUUUAGAACAGGAAGGAUAUGACAAUGUCAAAUCAUUUACUGCUAUGUAUAUUGGCCCAAAAACAGGUGACGAAAAAAGUGUUCCUUUAAUUGUCUGGCCGCAUGGAGGACCUCAUUCUGCAUUUGGAAAUAAUAUGUUUUUGGGGUUAUCUAUUUAUCUAACUUUGGGAUAUGCGGUUCUUUUGGUCAAUUAUCGAGGUUCUAUAGGGAGCGGAGAAGACAGUGUUAAUUUUUUACUUGGCAAAAUUGGCACUGCGGAUAUAUCCGAUUGCGUUUUAGCUGUUAAAACAGCGUUAAGCCAGUUUCAUUGGUUAAAUCCAAACCAAUUAGUAUUGGUAGGUGGUUCUCAUGGUGGAUUUAUAGUAUUGCAUUUGAGCGGUCAAUAUCCUGACAUGUUCAAAGUUGUUGUAGCUAGAAAUCCUGUUGUGGAUGUUGCAGCAUUAAGCACAACAUCGGAUAUUCCCGACUGGGCCUUUGUUGAAACAGGAUUUGAAUAUACGCAGAAAGGUCCAUUAAAUGAAGAUGAGCUUUUAGCUAUGCGUAAAUUGUCACCUAUUAUACACGCUCACAAAGUAAAAGCCCCCACACUACUUCAAAUCGGUACUAAAGACCUGCGAGUACCCCCUGCUCAAGCUAUAGAAUAUUAUCAUCGCCUCAAAGCAAAUGGCGUACCAGUCAGAAUGAACCUUUAUGAAGACAAUCAUUCACUGUCUCAGGUGCCACAUGAAAUUGACAAUGUAAUUAAUGGUAUAAUAUGGAUUGAUAAAUAUCUGAACCCAACAUAACAUUUUUUAAAGUAUACUAUAUUGUAUUUUAAAUCUUUAUACAUAAGUAACUGCUCAUUAUUUUACGUCAAUAAACAGUUUUAUUUCUACUGAAAA